AUGGACGAUUACACGAGAGAGAUGAUGGACCUCAAAACCCUCGUGACUCGCACUCUUGAGAAGAAAGGCGUUCUCGCUAGGAUCCGAGCUGAAUUAAGAGCUAGUGUCAUCCCUUUAAAAGCUCAAGUUCCUCCUUGUGACGUCUUUUCCAAAAAAGUAAUGUCCAAUUUUUUGGGUAGCAGGAAGGUCACAUCUCCUGAUUAUAUCGAUUAUCGAAUUAAAAGAGCAAAAUGCUUACCACAAUUUAAGAAUAUGGCUAUUAGAGGACUUCAAGGAAAUCUGAUUGUUUCCAAUGGUGCUAUUGUGGGUCCUGAUAGCUUAAAUGGAUCAGCUCAUGUUGAUUAUCCAUCUGGAGAGGCCGGAUUUGGAGUCGGCGGCAAUGGGAAGUUAGUGAAUGGGAAUACUUCUAGUUCUGGUAUCACAACAGUUAACGGAUUUAGUCAAGGGGAAUUGCAUUACACGAGUAAUGCCGAUGUCUCCGGUAUUGUAAAUAAUGAUAAUGUCACAACUAAAACUCAAAUUGUUGAAGAUGGUACAGUUAAGGCUCAGUUAAGUUUACAUGAUGAAGAAUUGAGAACCAUUGAAGGCGAUAUGUGUGCGUCGUCAACGGGAGUUGUAAGGGUGCAGUCAAGAAAAAAAGCAGAGAUGUUCUUGGUUCGAACAGAUGGAUUUUCUUGUACCAGAGAAAAGGUCACUGAAUCUUCUUUGGCUUUCACUCAUCCUAGCACCCAGCAACAAAUGCUUAUGUGGAAGUCUACACCAAAGAAUGUGCUAUUAUUAAAAAAACUGGGGGAUGAACUUUUGGAAGAAGCAAAAAUGGAAGCUAUCGAAGAAGAAGAUCGUGUCAUCGAAAAGGAUCAAGCUCUGCUUCCUGCAUUGUUAGGUAGCUGUAACGAUCGUGCUAAACAGCUUCACGCUUCUCCUUCUGGUAGACUUCUUACUGCACUGGUAUGUGAAUACCUUGACUGGGCACAGCUUAUUUGGCGUAGUGUAGGGACGCCAUUCACCGCUACUACUGAAGCCGGUACUUCAUCAGCUUCAAGCUCAGAUCCUGGAACUUCACCGUUCUGUAUUCCAGAGAUGAAUGAAUUGCUUUUACAUCAACAAUCAUCUCAACGCAACGGAGAAAGAUCAGAGGCGUAUCAUGGUAUGCCUCAGGCAACUACAACCAAGGCUUUGCUAGAAAAGUAUUCUAGGCUUGAUAGAGGAGCUGGAAUGGAAAUGUCGGCAGCAUAUAGAAAUGACUCGGAUUUUAGUGGUAAUUUAAGAGAAGCGAUAGCAUUAUCAGGAAAUGCUCCACUUGGUCCACCUCCAUUGUGUUCGAUAUGUCAACACAAGGCACCUGUUUUUGGAAAACCUCCAAGGUGGUUCAACUAUGCUGAGUUGGAACUCGCUACCGGGGGAUUUUCACAAGCCAACUUCUUGGCAGAAGGAGGGUAUGGAUCGGUUCAUCGAGGGGUUCUACCAGAAGGACAAGUCAUUGCUGUCAAGCAACAUAAAUUGGCUAGUUCUCAAGGUGAUGUCGAGUUUUGCUCUGAAGUAGAAGUCCUGAGCUGUGCUCAGCACCGAAAUGUUGUUAUGCUGAUUGGAUUCUGUAUAGAGGAUAAGAGAAGGCUUCUGGUUUACGAGUACAUAUGCAAUGGAUCAUUGGAUUCACAUUUAUAUGGGCGACAAAGAGAUCCAUUAGAAUGGUCUGCGAGGCAGAAAAUUGCUGUUGGAGCUGCUCGCGGGUUAAGGUAUCUUCACGAAGAGUGCAGAGUUGGUUGUAUCAUCCACCGCGACAUGAGGCCGAACAACAUUCUCAUAACUCAUGAUUUUGAACCUCUGGUUGGUGAUUUUGGAUUGGCAAGGUGGCAACCUGAUGGAGACAUGGGUGUGGAUACUAGAGUAAUUGGAACAUUUGGGUAUUUGGCUCCUGAAUAUGCUCAAAGCGGCCAAAUCACCGAAAAAGCCGAUGUUUAUUCCUUUGGGGUGGUAUUGGUGGAGCUUGUUACCGGUAGAAAAGCUGUCGAUCUCACUCGGCCAAAGGGACAACAGUGCCUAACUGAGUGGGCCCGGCCACUGUUAGAAGAAUAUGCCAUUGACGAACUGAUUGACCCGAGACUUGGACGUCUCUAUUUAGAACAUGAAGUCUAUUGCAUGUUGCAUGCUGCUUCAUUAUGCAUAAGGAGAGAUCCUCAUUGUAGACCACGCAUGUCACAGGUUCUCCGAAUUCUAGAGGGAGACAUGGUGAUGGACACAAAUUACAUUUCAACUCCGGGCUAUGAUGUCGGAAAUAGAAGUGGUCGCAUUUGGUCAGAGCCACUGCAGAGACAGCAUCAUUACAGUGGUCCCCUCUUAGAAGAUUCAUUAGAGUCAUCAUUCAGUGGAAAGCUAUCUCGUGACAAGUACAAACCUUUCUUUUGGGAUAGGAGUAGGGACAAGCCUUAA